GAAGGGGGCGAGGUGAUCAUCAUCGCACAUAGUUGCAGGCUGCCAUAUCAUGGGAAAGAACAAGUCUGCACUCAAGGGCGACAAGCCCACGUCCAAGCGCGAGUCAUCGCCAGAGCCGACACCUUCACCAUCAGAGUCCGACUACUCCAGCGACUCCUCGGACGACACCGUGGAGGAUGAGGACGGUGAGGAGCUGACACCGGCGAUGGACGCUGCGAUUCUUCGCACACUCGCCAAGAUCCGCAGGAAGGAGGGCGUGUACGGCACCGACAAGGUUCUCGAGGCUGAGCUAGCCGCGGCGCAAGCGGCCGCUGGCGCGCGUGGUCUGGGUGCGCGCUCGGCGCAGAAGGCGGAGAAGCCCUUCCUUCUCAAGGACUUGCACAGGCAGAACCUUCUCGACGGGGUUGACUCUGAUCACGAAGACGAGGAGCCCCUGACUAACGUCGAGGCGGCGCGCCGAGCUGCGGCCGAGGCGCGUGCUGCCUUCGCUGCCUUCGGCGAUGACGACUCCGACGACGGGGAAGUGAUCACGAAGCGCGAAAAGGACGAUAGCGAAGAUGAGGCCGAGGACGCGGCCUACCGCGAGUUCCUGCUCGAGAUGGGCGGUGGCGAGUCUGAGGUGCGCGCUGCCCUGGGCAUGGCCGACGCGCCGGUCACCGACUAUCGCGAAUUCGAGGACGACGAGAAGCCGAAGAAGAAGAAGAAGGAGGAGGAGAAGGAGAUGUCUGAGGAGAAGCGAGCCAAGAAGGAGGCCAAGCGCAAGGCCAAGCGUGCGAAAGCGGACGAGGACUUCCUCAUGGACUACAUUCUGAACCGCGGCUGGAUCGACAGGGAAAAGAAGGCCGUGCCGACGUAUGAGGACAUUGUCGGGCGCGAGCGCGCCGACGACGAGUCGGACGAAGGCGAGGACACGCCUUGGGGCAAGAUCGACGAGGAGGAGGACUUCGACGAGAAGGCGGAGGAGUUCGAGACCGAGUACAACUUCCGCUUUGAGGAGCCUGGUGCCGCGACGAUUGUGACGCACCCUCGUCAAAUCGAGAGCGCCGUGCGCCGCGGCGACGACGCCCGCAAGCUCAAGCGGCAGGCACGCGAGGAGCGCAAAGCGGCAGAGAAGGCUGCGCGCGAGGCAGAGGUGCAGAAGAAGAAGGACUCCAAACGGCGUGAGAUGGAGUCUCAGCUUUCUGCACUCAAGAAGGAGCUCGGGGACGGCGUCGACCUGGCGGGCCUUGAGAAAGUGCUAGAGGGCGAAUGGGACGAGGCAGAAUGGGAGCGUGUAGUUGGCGGUAUUCUCGCCCAGCGGGAUGCCGACGACGACGACAAGCCUACUUGGGACGAUGGGCUUGGAGACGAGUACAUGGAUGCGGAGGAUGAAGGCGACGGCGACAACCAGGCAGAUCCCGAGGACGCAGCGUACACCAACGAGGGAGCGUGGGACGGCGAGGAGUGGGACGAGGAGGAGUGGGACGGUCCGAUUAACAUGGACGCGGAUUUCAUCUCCUUUGAUGAGCCAUCAAAAAAGAAGGACAGCAAGAAGGACAAAAAGAAGCGUCGGGCCGCCGACGAGGACACGGACGAGCCGCUGAGUCUGGAGGAGCGCGCCGCCCGCAUGAAGGCUGCGGCUGACGAGAUCCGCGACCUCGACCACGAGGACGAGGUCGGCGGCCUCCGCACGCGCUUCAAGUAUACACGCACUGCUCCGCAGAGCUUCGGGCUCACGCCCGCCGAGAUCCUGCUUGCAACGGACGCGGAGCUCAACUCCCUCGUGAGCAUCAAGCACAUGCAGCCGUAUCGCCGCGGGGGACUCGGACGCGCCGGCGUCGGUCUGGGUCGGAAGGUGCGCGAUCUUAAGGCCAAGCUUGCACGGCGGCGAUGGGGAGAGGAAGGCGAGCGCGGGGCGGAGGCAGGGCCGAGCAAGAGCUUCCACAUCGAGCGCCAGGGCCCGGCAGGCGCCAACGCUCAGCCUCUCGGAGAACGCAGGUCGACUGAGGACGGCGCCGGACGGCCGGGCAAGCGACUGGGCAAGAAGGAGCGGCAGAAGCGCAAGGCUGCUGCUGCCGAAGCCGGUGAGGCACACGAUGUGCCAUCCCAGGCGCAGCAGGCGGAGCCGAGCGUCAAGAGGCGCAAGGUCGAAGAAGCGCCUGCUCCUGCGUCACCUAUCGUGGAGCUUGCGGAAGGCGCAGGCGAAGGCAAGAAGCGGCGGAGGAAGAAGAAGAAGAACGCAGAGUAGCAUAGUUGGAUAUGCACUGAUUACUUUGAU